GAGUCCAACUCAAAGGUCAAAACAAUUUGCAAGAGAAGAGAAGUAGACACCUACGAAAGCGUGCAAAACAGAAGCGCGAUUUUAUGCUGAUAGUUAAAAGAUUCACCGGCAAAUAACCGUUGACCGUUAUUUAUCACGUGAAUCCCGCCGCCCCGCCUCCGCCGCCCUCCGCCGUGCGGAGUUCAAGAGCAGUGCACAUUCGAGAUCACGGGAGAAUGGGAAUUUUGAAAUCUGCUUUUGUGACUGCUCUGUUACUCCUGCUGCCUAUCACUCUUGAUUGCGCCAACACCUACAAUGCCGGAGAUCGCGUGCCCCUUUUCGUCAACAAAAUCGGCCCCCUUCACAACCCUAGUGAAACGUAUGAAUAUUACAAGUUGGCCUUCUGUCGUCCAGAUCAGGUGAUUGAAAAGAAGGAAAGCUUUGGGGAAGUUUUGGGUGGUGAUCGAUUGGCAAAUGCUCUAUAUGAUUUGAGAUUUGCAUUGAACAAAACCCGAGACGCUGUUUGCCAAAAGAAGCUAACUAAGGGCGAUAUUGCAAAAUUCAGGGAUGCUAUCGCCAAUGAUUUUUACUAUCAAAUGUACUAUGACGAUCGUCCACUUUGGGCAUACAUCGGCAAAAUUGAGGAUGAAAGCUGGAAAGUUGACGGGAAGGAGAAAAAGUUUUUACUUUUUACCCAUGUUCACUUUGAUGCUCUUUACAAUGGAAAUCAAGUCAUAGAAAUCAAUGCCUUCAGUGAGCCAAGUCAUUUGGUGGAUGUAACAGAAGAUGUCGAUGUUGAAGUCGAGUUCACUUAUUCUAUAUCUUGGAAAAGAACCUCUAUGCCAUACAAGAACAGAAUGGGGAAAUAUGCAAGAGCUUCCUUAUUGCAUAUUCUCCAACAAAGUCAUUGGUUCUCAUUCGUUAAUUCUAUUAUCAUAGUUAUUCUGCUCAUCGGACUACUUACUUUGCUCUUGCUGCAGCAUCUCAAGAAUGACUUAAGAAAAUGGUCGAUUGGAGAUGAAGAUGAGGAGAAAGAGGUCGGAUGGAAAUAUAUUCAUGGGGAUGUGUUCAGAUGCCCAACAAAUCUACCAUUGUUCUCUGCAGUUUUGGGCUGUGGUGCCCAGUUGUUGACCAUGAUUUGCAUUUUAUUCAUUUUGGCAUUUCUGGGAGUCUUCCAACCGUAUAGCCGUGGUUCUCUAUCAAGUUAUGUGUUCAUUUCUUACAUUCUCACAUCAGCAAUUGCUGGCUACAGAUCUGCAUCGUUUUGUAGUCACUAUGCUGAAACUGGAUGGGAAAAAAGUCUCCUCCUCGCAGGAAUACUGUUCUUAGGUCCUUUGCUCUUCACGUCAUUCAUGCUCAACAUACUGGCUGCAUCUUUUGGGGUGACUGCAGCUCUUCCUCUUGGAACGAUAUGUGUCAUUGUUCUCGUAUAUAUACUAGUAUCAGUUCCCCUAUUUGUCCUAGGUGGAUUGUUUGGACACCGCUACAAAUCUGCUUCCCCAUCAUCACCCGUAACUAACAAAUGUCCACGGGAGAUUCCUCCAUUGGCUUGGUACCGGCAGACCCCUGCCCAAAUGUUUUUUGCAGGUCUUCUACCUUUCAGUGCCAUUGCCCUCGAGUUACACCACUUGUACGCCACAAUCUGGGGCUAUAAAGUCUAUAGCUCUCCCGGAGUUUUGUUCUUCAUGUUCCUAGUCCUUAUCCUGAUCACCAUUACUUUAAGUGUCGGGUUGACAUAUUUUCAACUGGCUGUCGAAGACCACGAAUGGUGGUGGAGGUCCGUAAUGCGCGGCGGCUCAACAGCUAUCUUCAUGUUCUGCUAUUGUAUAUACUUCUACCUGCAAUCGAAUAUGAGCGGCCUCUUGCAGACGGCCUUCUUCUUCGGCUACAAUGCCUGCAUUUGCUAUGCAUUUUUCUUGAUGCUGGGCGCUGUGAGUUUACAAGCGUCGCUGCUGUUUAUCCGGCGCAUAUACCAUGCCAUCAAGAGUGAGUAAGCUUCACUGUACUUGUACUUGGAGUAGACUUUUUUGUUUGUAUACAUCAUAUCUUUGUUGGGAUGUUGCUGAAAGUAGAUUAGACAAGUUGGAAGUUACUCUGCUAAUGUAGACACCUCAAACCACACCUGCUUUCUCGUUUCAUUUCAAUUUCUCCACACCUCUAA